CUUCGCGCACUUCGCGUUCCACUCCAUUCCAUCUAUCUCUGUCUCACCUAUGCGUACUCGGCAGGUUGCGGUGUUGUCGGAGUUAUAAAGGUCCCAAGCUUCACAAGUAAAGUAACACAGGUCUUGAAAAGGCUGCUCCAGCAACCAAAAAGAGAAAUUGGAUCAUGGCUGUCCGCCUCAAUUCACAGAUUGCCAAAGUGGUGCUGAUGGUGGCGCUCCUGUUGGUGUCUCUGCAAGGUUUUGUCUGGCACCGCUUAUUGCAGAGUCAUCAUGAUCAAGGUCACGAACACCCCAUGCUGGCAGGGGCGAGAGGUCUUUCUUCCAGACGAGAAACUAUUAUUGGAUCACAAGAAGACGUUCGUGAGAACAACAACAAUCAACAGCAGCAGCAAUCGCGAAAUCGUCUUCCAGAUGAACGGCGACUGCACAGACGACGACAGCCCAGCAUAGAGAAACAGAAACUGUCAUUGAAUAUUCAUCCUCCCAAAGUGGCCACAGCCAGGACCGUUUCACCCUACUUGAAACACCCGCUGUUUGAGGGAAAAGAACGACUGCUGACCAUUCUGCAUGAAGCCCAUUUUUUCAAUGACUCGGCUGCCGAAUUUUUCCAGGACGAUGCUCGAGUGGAAGCACUGGCCAAACAAUUGCCAAGUUGGGAAACAGUGACCAAUCGUCUGGGAGGAGAAUCUCCCGUCAUUGAAGGCUUGGAGACUUGUGAAACAUAUCAGAAACUGGUGCCUCCCAUAGAUCGCUUCCUCGGAGUGGCGGGGCUAUUUGCCACAGGCACCAACCUACUGGCAUCCUUGCUGGUGGCCAAUUGUCAGAACGAUGAACGCAUCCGAGCUGGCUUGGGGGCCGGUGUCCGAUGGCAAGUCAAUUGGGGAAAACAUAGUCCCGCACGGUACCGCAUGGAAAACAAAAUUGAUCAAAAACUCAAAAAUGAAAUCUUUUUACCCGUUGUUUCCAUCCGACACCCCUACAGUUGGAUGCAAAGUUUAUGCCGACAACGAUACUCCACGCAUUGGUUCCAUAAUGCCAAAGAGCAUUGUCCGAACUUGGUACCCAAUGACAUUGACCGAAAAUGGUUCAAAUUUGUACAAAAAUAUGGAAAGCGGGGAGUCAAAAGCUUGUACAACGAUCCAUGGCUCAGUGACAAUUUGCUCGACACGGCCAAUUUUACACUGGACAGCGAGGUGGUUCCGGUCCGAGUUCGAUACAAGUCUGGUACUCUCUAUCACGACAGCUUGCCGGAUAUGUACAAUUCGUGGUAUCACGAAUAUCUGGACGCCGAUUUCCCUCGUCUGGUGGUGCGCCUGGAAGACCUCGUGUUCCACGCCAAGGAAGUGGUAACCAAGGUUUGUACCUGCAUGGGAGGGUCCGUCCGGGACGACUUUAAUUACAUUACGGAAACGGCCAAAGUGGGAGACGAGCACAUUCAUGGGAAACAGGAAGACAGGACGAAUAUGAUCAAAACCUUUACCAAGUGGCAUGCAGAAAACAGAACGAAAAACAUGACGUCAGAAGAUGUGGCGUAUGCCAAGGAGAGUCUCGAUGCCGAUCUGCUCAAAAUGUUUCAGUACAGCCAUCCGUCCAAGGAAAAUCCAUAGAUAGCCGACAGACAGACAAUGAUGCAGAAUGAAUCAAAUGAGAGCGUCUCGGUCGCACAGGUUGACUCUCCAACUGUUCGAUCGACCCGGAGACUCCAUCUUUGUCAGCUUGAAUAUCGUUUUCAGAGACUGAAACGGAGAGCAAAGCGAGUUGAGUCGUGCGACAAACGCCCCCAGAGGGCUUGCAGAAAGGCACAUCCGAUUGAACUCUUCAGGGACAGGUGCUGCAAUCUGUCAGAGCGUGCCACUGCAAAGAUCAUACGGUCUUGAUCAAUGAUCAGCUAAUUUACUCGUGUAACUAUGUAACAUGGAAAGUUGACUUUC